AUGAUGAUUCCCCAGUAUUGGGACGUGCAGCUUGCGCGCUUCGUUCGUCAGGCCCUCGACCACUGGCCCGAGGUCAUUUACAUGCUGGUCUUCAUGUCGACCUGCGCUGCUGUAUGGGGCCUUGGUGGACGCAUCACUUCAACAAACGAAGACGAAGACAUCGACGCCGACUACCACAAAAUCGUGGGUGUGCUGCGCGAUGUGCUGUUCCUGGCUCAGCCCGUUGUGUACGCGCAAUUACCGCUGCGACUGAACGAAGCUGUCCGCCCGCGACGUGCCCAAGUGGUCUUUAUACUCAACCAACCAGCGGAGUACUAA